CGGCUCAAAGGGCAACGUCAACCUUGCUUGAGACGGUUUAAGAUGGUUGCUCGUCUCACCCCAAUACCUACCUACCUAUGUAGUUGAUGAGUGCUCUUGUUCUUGCUACUUUAGCAGAGAUCACCCCUCGAUGAGCACCAUCCCCCGCCGACUGUGACGUGAUAAUGCCAGUGACUACCUUUGACUUCAAGGAGAAAUAUCGCUACCAGAACGGCUUCGGCUCCCACCUCGAAUCAGAGGCCGUUCCGGGAGCCUUACCAAUUGGCCAGAAUUCCCCACAGAAGCCGCCGCACGGCCUCUACGCGGAGAAGCUCUCGGGGACCGCGUUCACUGCUCCCCGUCACGAGAACAAGCAGACCUGGCUCUACCGGAUCCUCCCCUCAUGUUCUCACCCGCCAUUCACUCCCGCUGGCAAGGACAAGGCUGUGGGAGAUGACUUGGUUGAUCAGUCGAAGCUGCAUUACAUCCCCAACCAGUUGAGGUGGGACCCAUUCGACCAUGACCCGGAGACCGACUUCGUGUCCGGACUGCGUCUCGUCGCGGGGGCGGGUGACCCAACCCUGAAGCAGGGCAUCGGGAUGUACAUCUACGCCGCCGGGAAGUCGAUGAACGACCACUCGGCCUUCUACUCGGCGGACGGGGAGCUCCUCGUCGUCGCGCAGGACGGCGUGCUCGACAUACGCACCGAGCUCGGCUGGCUCCUGGUGCGCCCGAUGGAGAUCUGCGUCAUCCCCCGCGGCGUCAGGUACCAGGUCCACCUGCCCGCCGGCCCCGCCCGCGGCUACGCCCUCGAGCUCUACCAGGGCCACUUUGCGCUGCCCGAGCUGGGACCCAUCGGCUCCAACGGGCUGGCCAAUGCGCGGGACUUCCAGGCUCCCGUGGCGGCGUUUAGCGAGGACCACGUGGCGACAGCGUCGUCGUCGUCGUCGUCGUCGUCUUACACGGUCACGGCCAAGUUCGCCAACCAGCUCUUCACCACCACGCAGCCGCACACGCCCUUCGACGUGGUGGCGUGGCACGGCAACCACUACCCGUACAAGUACGACCUAGGCCGGUUCAACACGGUGGGCAGCAUCUCGUACGACCACCCGGACCCGUCCAUCUUCACGGUGCUGACAGCGCCGUCGUCGCUGCGGCCCGGCACGGCGGUGGCGGAUUUCGUCGUGUUCCCGCCGCGCUGGCUCGUCGCCGAGGACACGUUCCGGCCGCCGUGGUACCACCGCAACACGAUGAGCGAGUUCAUGGGCCUCGUGCGGGGCGCCUACGACGCCAAGAAGGGCGGGAAGGGGGGGUUCGUCCCCGGCGGGGCGAGCUUGCACAAUGUCAUGAGCGGGCAUGGGCCGGACGCCGAGAGCUACGAGGGGGCUAGGAAUGCGGAGCUGCGGCCGGCAAAGGUCGGGGCCGCGGACGGGGGUUGCGCCUUUAUGUUUGAGAGCUGCCUCAUGGUCGGGGUGACGGAGUGGGGGCUCAGGAGGUGCGCAAAGGUCCAGGAGGGGUAUAGUGAACAUAGCUGGGGUGGUUUGAAGGUCCAUUGGCAGAGGCCCGAGGGGGCGGCGGGCGAUGGGCAUUUGCUGAAGUGAUGAGAUAUAAUUCUCUUGCUGUCGUAUCGCUCACCGAGGGGGGCUAGACACUUGACCCCGGUGGUGCGUACCAUUUUAUAAUUGACAUUGGGAUAAUGUAUUCCUCGCCCUUCGAUAUCUUUCUUCUAGUCCGGGAGCCUCUCCGUUGGACGAUGUCCGAUCCUCCUGUUCUUUGAGAGGAAGGCCCCCUUCACUGCAAGAAAAGUAGACCAUGAGAGGAAGAUAUGCGGAGAAGAAAUGAAACAUAUGGGGUGUGUUUGCCAAGGUAGUCCUCGUAACACCACCCAAAACUGCGUCUUAUGCCCAUCCAGAGGAGCCGAACGUCCCUGAAAGAGGGAUCCGAUUCUUCGCAGCCAGGUCCUGUCAUCCCGGAAUGUCCGUCCAACCUGUGAUGCCUGUCCUCUGAUGGGCUCGCCAGCUG